AUGUCGUCUGAAAGAACAUUCUCCGCGUCCAGAAGCCUUGGGCGCAGCUCGAUUCCGCUUCCGAUCGCCACGCAAUCUACUCCUCCAGAACAACCCUCUCUAGACCCUGGUCUCAACACUUCCAAUCAGCCAAGAAAUGCCACUGGAAACAGCAAAUUCUUAUACACCGAUGGCGAUGUUCAGGAGCACCCUCCGGAAGGCAACUCUGCGCCUAUCAUCGUGUUUCCCGGAGAUGAUGCGACUAAUAUCGCAGUGAAGGCCUACUUAUUGGAUAUGCUCACCAAGACGGGUUGGGGUAUCGCUGUUGAGUCAGGCAAAGAAAUCCGAGCCACGAUCAACAGCUUUGUCGGUAACGGCUGGGCGUUGCGGAAGCGCUACGCGGAAAACAGGCUGAAAGACAUAUGUCCUCUUUACAUGACAGUCGUCGAAGAUGGGUUCGCGAAUCAGUUUGAGGUCAACGCGACCGUCCGAUCAAACAUUAGCAAGUGUGUCAUGCGCGAGAUGGAGCGAUAUUUCGUAAUGGAGUAUAAGGCGCAGCAUAGAAAGCAGUACGGUAGUGACGGAGAUGAAACAUUGACUAACGCCUCGCCGGAGGGGACUUGCACAAAAAAACCUCGUGAUGCAAUUCCGGUGGAGAAUGAGCUCGUGGGCGAUGCGGACGACCUAUGGUACUCAGCCUCUACCGCCACUUCAGAGGAGGGGAAAGAGGGUAAAGCCCCAGAACAAGUCAAAGUCAAGGAGCUCAGUCCGGAUGCAAACGAAGGCGUCGACGCCACGUUGCACGCAAUACCUUCGCGCAUGGAAGCCCAUGACAACACAGCAGGUGCCACGGAGGUUAACGCGUGUUCGACACCAGCCACUCCAGACGGUAAUAAGGUCGCUGAGGAUGCCAGUGCAUCAAAGUCUACAGACAAAGCUAUAAAGCCAUCGCAGACUCAGCGGCCCAUGACCGCUGAGUUUGCACACUGGAUCCGUACCCUUCCCUCAAAAACACCAGUUAAACCCAUGAUCACACUUCCACCCUCUCCCAAGAACGUGUACAAAGGAACACCGGAAGAUCCUAAUGCAAUUACUCCAGCACUGCCCGUUUUCGGUCCCAUUGAAUGGGGUAAUAGUUCCACGAUUAAUGAUAUACCUGUUGGUAGCAAGACGCGAAAGAUAGCUGAGCAGGAGGUAGAGGAAGCGAGGGCGCGGACUGAAGAAGCGACGGCAUCAAGGCAGCAUGUAGCUUUGACGAAGGGUAAAGAAAGGGCAAGGAGGUGGCUGAGGAGGGUGUGGGAAGGAAUUAAGUUGCGUCAGCAUGGAAGGCCGAACAUUCGCUGA